AUGGAAGGACUGAGUACACAGCAAGCUAAAGGGUAAAGAUCAUAUAGGAAGUUAUUGGAGAUCAUUAGGCAUUUUAGAGAGCUAAAUAAACAGCAGCCGGUAAAGCACGUGCAUUUGUACCUGAAGUCAUCAUGGAUGCUUGAAAUCAUUGUAUAUGCUUAUGGGAUUUUUUUGAUUCUGGACUAUAUUUUGUUAAGCAGUGAAGUUGAAAGGCUGAUUAUCGGAAUUUUAGUUUUAUUGAUGCUCCUUACUCCACCCUUUUAAUUGGUACAAAUAAUCCUGCUCCAAUUUAAAAGGGUUAAUUUUUAAUUUAAAAAAAAAUUUAUAUUUAAAUUUUUUUUUAAAUUUUUAAAAAGAUGUAAAGCACGAUGCUGUGAAUUUUGAUUUAUUUCAAUAAGAAAUAAUUUAUCAAUUCAGUGUGAAAACUGUUUAUAUAGCAUUCCAAUUUUUUUUUUCCAUUAAUUAGGCCAAAACUUAUUUUAUAAAAAUUAGUAUUUUCCACUUAUUUUUUUUUAGAUUGAGCUGAAUACUUUGAAUUUUAAUUUAAAUCAAUUAAAUAAAAAUAGCAUUCUACCUCCAUUGUUGUUAUUAAAUUAAGUCAAAACUAAUUUUAUAAAAAUUAUUAUUUUCAUCUAUAAACUUUUCCAAUUGACUAUAAAACCCAAAAAUGCAAAUUAACAAUAUUUUGUUGCAAUUUAUAGGAAGAGUUAGAUAUAUUUAUUAUUGAAGAAAUCGAUCAAAAUUGCAAUGGGAAGGCUUUGAUGACAGGAUGAAAGAUAUAGAAGAGCUCUUGAAAAAUCUAAAAGAAGGAGAAGAUCUAACUCAUCGGUCUUACAGGUCAAUGGACUAUAACAUAAUCAAUGUUUAUAGAGAUAAAACGUGGGUGAAAUUGCCUGGAAUUGUGCUUUUAGAAGGCGAUAUUGUAUCAGCUAUCCCAGGAAACACACUCCCAGCUGAAGCUGAAGGGCUUGAUUAUCAUUAUAAAGGAAUUACAGUGCAGCCAUUUGAAGAAAUCAAAGAAUUCGUAUCCACAGAUAUUUUAGAGGCUAGAAGAAGACUUGCUUUUGUAUUGAAAACAUCACCAUCAUAUGUAUUUUUAGAGCAAGCAUUGACUGAUAGAGUAGUUAAUAAAAAGAGGCCAGCCACUUUUUAUAUGUUAUGCUUGAAGCUGGCUUAUAAAAUUUUCAGUAUCUAUACUAUUAUAGUAACUGCUGUAAAUAUUAUUAUUGGGAUAUUAUGGAUCAUUUUUAGUGAAAGGCAGUGAGACGAUAUUUUAUCGAACCCAUCUGUCUUUUUUUUAUCAUUUAUCCCUCUUUUACUACCUUCUCUUGUAUAGUUAACUACACUGACUGGCACGGGGUGCUUUUGGCUCGAAACUGAGCCAAAAGCAUCCCGUGCCAGUCAGUGUAGUUCACUAUAAAAUUUUUGACAUGCUGGGGUAACUCUGUCCUCUGAUAUAUCUGCGAAUCAUUAGAUUCCCAGCAAAAGCCUCGAUCUAGAUCAGCUAAGCAAGCAGAAUCUUUAUCAAGCUUGCUUAAGCUUCCCGCAAAUAAAACAAGCGGCAAUGUUUUUGAAAUGGCUGCACUUGCUGCUCAAGCUGAAGAAGACUUUGAAUACAACCAAUCAGUUUCUUCAUUCCCGCCACUUAGCUUUUCUGCAUGCUUUGCUAAAUGCCGGUCAUUUUUAAUAGGAGGGAUCCAAAGGGAAUUCAAUAUACUUGACAUGUUGAGUUCAACAACUUUUAUGUGCUUUAUUGAUAAAGAAGGCAUUAUAAGUGAAAACGCUAAAUAUAUAGAUGAAGUCGUCGUUAUGGGACCUGAAGAAAAACUUGUACCGCUGGAUGUGAUUCAUAAAAGUCCAUUAGACAUAUUGAGUGGGGAAACUGAUUAUGACCAAAUAGCAUUUAUUGAGGCUAAAUGAGUCGAAUACUUGCCGUCUUUGAAACCUCUAGUGCUUUCUGCGAUUCUAUCCAAAAGUCCAAGGCCUUAUAGCAAGAGAGAAAGCUUAUUGAAUUUAAAUGAUGACCAUCCCGAUUUAAAUGAUACUGGGGAACUGUUUUUCUCACAACCACGCUUAGAAAUUGCGAUUUUUGAAGAAUGCUUAUGCGUGUUAGCCAAAUUAAUAGGGUUUACUGAGACUUCUAUUAGGAAUCACAGACACGUUUGCACUUUUUGAAGCACCUGAAGGCCUACAAAUACAGACUCUCUGCAUGCGUAUCUUCACACGACGACUAUUUCAUAACGACUAUUUUUUUUUGCCUAUAUUUUUUACCUAUUUUUUUUUUUUUGGCCUAUUUUUUUUUGCCUAAUUUUUUUAGCCUAUUUUUUUUUGGUUCCUCCACACGAGGUCUCCAUAAAGACUAUUUUUUUUGGCCUAUUUUUUUUUAGCCUAAUUUUUUUUGGGCCUAUUUUUUUUUGGCCUAUUUUUUUUUGGCCUAUUUCAUGACGACUAUUUUUUUUUCGCCCAAAUUUUUUUGGCCUAUUUUUUUUUGGCUAUAUUUUUUAGCUAAUUUUUGCUAUUAUUUGAGCCUAAUUCUAUACUGAUAUUUUAAUAUAAUUUUUAAUGUAUUUUAAACGAUUUUACCAACAAAAAAUGCACCCUUAACAGAUCUCUUUCUCCAUGAAUACUAAGUCAUUGCUUUUUAAAUUUCGAGAAUUUUUAGAUUUUAUUAAGAGUUUUCCACUUAAUUUACUCAAUACUAAUCGCGUAAGGAAAUUUCUCUGCUUCGCAAUAAAGUUUUAGUUUUCUCAGCAGCUUUAUUAAUGAGCCUAGACAAAAAAUAUAGGCCAAAAAAAUAGGCCAAAAAAAUAGGCCAAAAAAAAAAUAGUCGUUAUGAAAUAGGCGUCGUGCGAAGUAACCCUCUGCAUGAUGUAUCAUAUAAAAUUUCUCCAAAAAGAAGGGAAAGAGCUUUUAUUUCAGCUGUCCAAGACACAACAGAUAAGCAACUUACACAGCGGCAAUUCGCAGAUGAAAUUAAAAAUAAAUUGCUUUUGCCAUGCCAUUUAUUAACCAAUAUCGUUGAAAAAGAAGGCUCUUAUCAAGUUUUAAGCCAAGGAAACCCAAGAGUGAUUCUGCAAAACUGCACCGACUAUUGGGAUGGAAACCAUAUAGUUUUGCUAGAUGAAAGUGAUAGGCAGCGCAUCAAUACUUUGCUAUUACAAUGGACGGCUGAUGAUUAUGAUACAAUUGCUUAUUCUUAUAAACCUCUUGUAGAUGAAGAAAUUUUAAAUAUAAUCAACGACCCUAAUGAAUUAAACUCACUUGAUGAAAGAACUAAAGACCUCUUACAGUCUGCACAGAAAAAACAUAUAUUUUUAGGCAUGAUUGCUCUAACAAAUCACCCAAAGCCAGAAGCAAACCAUUUUAUUGAAGACACAAAAGACGCAGGAAUCAGGUUUGUAAUUUUUUCUGACAAAAACUAUUUAGAAACCAAAGCAUUUGGAGAUGAUUUAGGAUUAGACACAGCCUGAAAUUCUUGCAUUUCUUUAAGCGAUGCCCCAAUUCCUGAAGAAAUAUUAAAUAAAGCCGGCCAGCAAGUGCUUCCAAGAGGAAUAGAAGAAAUAAAAAAAGUCUUGGAAGACCAUUUAGACACUGUCCCACUAUUAGUUAGCAUGUUUUCUGACUCAAGCAAAGCUAGUAUGCAUGAAAUGAUAAAAAUUUACCAAGAAUACGGAGAAGUCGUCUUAGUUAUAGGAGGCUGUUUGCAUCCUCAAAAUCUGAAUAUAUAUCAGGCUGCCGAUAUUUCAAUAGGUAUAGCUGCACAGCCAUGUGGUUAUUGUAGUACUUGCAAUGGACUAAGACUAUUUUAUGCUCAUUCCCCAGGGAUACUAGAAAAAGUUGCUGAAAAGCUCAUCACAAUGCCUUGCACCUUCAGGUUGAACUUAAAAUCACCACUUUAUUUAAUUUUACAAGUAAUAAAAGAAGCGAGAAGGUUUAUGUCAAAUAUCCAAAACGGGUUAUUAUUUACAGUGAUGAUGUAUGUGAGCUGGAGCUUCAUGACUUGCAUAGCUUUAGCUCUUGGCUUGCCUGCAAUUUUAUCACCUCUUCAAUGCGGAUAUUUAGCUCUUGUUGUGACGCCGAGCUUAAGUUUAUCAUUUUUAGCUGCUCCUGCAGAUCCCCAAAUAAUGAAAAGGCUCCCUAUAAAAUCGACCCUUUUCAAUAUCAAUGAUCAUUGGUCUUUUACUGCAAAUCAAAUGAUAAGGGUCAUUUUAUUCACCGUCAUGAUGCUUUAUUUGCAUAUUUGGCAUUUAGGUAAUACUGUUCCGUCAGAUAAAAUUUUUGGAUUUCAGUGGGUCGAUGACUAUGAUGACUCUGAUUUCAUGGCCUUCAAAAUCAUCAAUUUCUUCUGGGGAGUUUUUCUAUUAUGCAUCUUUUCCAUGGGAUAUGUAAACGGGCACGAAAGCUGAUUUAAGCUAAAAAAGAUCACAAAUAUAUGAUGGCUUGGGAUUUGUGUCUUGAACAUCACAUCAGCAAUAGUAGUUUGCGUUAUUUAUUUAGCAGUCUAUGAGCAAUUUGAAGAAUUCAAAGCAACAGUUGAAAACUCUUACGCUGAUUAUAUUUCAUUUUUCUUUGCAUGUUUUGGUCUUGUCAUUAUUCUUGAACUCCUCAACUGGAAUAUUCAUAGGAAAGCUAAAAAACUCCAAAUGACUCUAGACUUGUAUUUCCAAACUAAGCUUGGCUUGCAUAGUCCAAGAUAA